AUGGCAUCCAACUCGACACCCCCGACCUGGCAAGACCUCGUCGCGCAAAAGCAAAGCGAAUGUCAACAGAAGAUCCCCCGCGAAUGGAUUCUGAGCGGGGACGUUCUGACCGAUCUCCCGCCCCAACUGUUGGAGUACGACCUGCCCCGUCGCAGCGGACUUCUGUCUGAAAACGAGUUGGAUAUUACAGAGAACUAUACAGCCAGUCAAUUAUUGGUCAAGUUAGCCUCGGGCCGUGUAACUGCAUUGGAUGUCACAACUGCAUUUUGUAAACGGGCUGCUAUCGCGCAGCAAGUUUUAUCCUGUCUGACAGAGACAUUCUUUCCAGCGGCACUCGAGCGCGCCAAGUAUCUCGAUGAAUACCUCCAACGAGAAGGAAAACCGAUUGGACCUCUCCACGGCCUACCGAUCAGUCUGAAAGACAGUUUCUGUGUCGAGGGCACACAGGCCACAGUUGGAUAUGUCGCUCUCCUCAAAGACGGCCCGUCGAAAACGAGCUCCGCGCUCGUGAAGAUGCUCUUGCAGCUCGGAGCGGUACUCUAUGUUAAGACAAACAUCCCCCAGACAAUGAUGACGGCAGACUCCGAAAACAACAUCUUCGGCCGCACCUUGAACCCCCAGAAAACAAACCUCACAGCCGGCGGCUCCAGCGGCGGCGAAGGCGCCCUCGUCUCAUUCCGUGGAUCCAUCCUAGGAAUAGGAACCGACAUCGCCGGCUCGAUCCGCAUACCGGCUUUGUGCUGCGGCGUGUAUGGCUUCAAGCCGACAGUCAACCGCAUCCCGUUCGGCGGGCAGGUAUCCGGCGCGAUCGAGGGCAUGCCCGGACUGAUUCCUGCUGCUGGGCCGCUGGCGCACAGUAUUGCUGAUUUGAAGUUGUUGAUGAGUGCUGUUGUUGGUGAUGGCCGUGCUUGGGAGUAUGAUUCCAGUGCUGUUAGUGUGCCCUGGCAGGGCAUCCCGCGUGGUAUCAAUGAUACGGCGAAUGGGGGCUUGACGAUUGGUGUCCUGGGUGAGGACCAGCAGUUCCCGCUUCAUCCGCCUGUGAAGCGGGCUUUGGAGUCUGCGGUUGAGGCUUUGACUCAGGCUGGACAUCGGAUUGUUCGGCUUCGUGCUGCUGCUGGGGAUGAAUUGCUCAGUUUGUCUUAUGCUUCGCGUCUGGCGUUUCAAUAUUUGAUCUAUGGGCCGCAUACGGAUCUCAUUGCGGAGGCUGGUGAGCCUGUUGUGGCAUCUUUGGCUAAAGGUGUUACGCCUAUGUUUUCUGGUUCUUUCCCUGUUGAACAGGGUCUGGAGCCAUUUGAUACGAUUCUGGGGUUGUAUGCGGCCAGGGCGCGGGUUUGUGAUGCUUGGCGGCAGACUUGGGUUGAUCAGAAGCUUGAUGUUCUCUUGGCUCCAGGGGCUCAGAAUACUGCGGUUGGCUUUGAUACCUAUGGGUGGCCUCCCUAUACUGUUCCGUGGAACUUGUUGGAUUAUCCUGCGUGCAUUAUUCCAUACGGGAAAGCAUCCAAAGAACUUGAUCCGGAGCCGAUGAGUGCUUUGGAUGAUGUCCAGCCAAGCUAUAUCCCCGACGAAGUCGAUGGUGCACCUUGUGCCAUCCAAGUAAUCACACCCCAAUUCCAGGAUGAGAAGUGUCUCUGGGCAGCGGAUAUCAUUGACAAGGCGCUGGCUACUUACGGCAAGCAAUAG